AUGAGUCUUUACAAAGCCCCAGAGACUACACAAUACUUUAAGAUUCUUUCUCAAAAAGAGCAAGCAAAUCCCCCACAUCUUAGACCAUCAAGAGAAGCCAGAGUUUUAUCAAAGAAAUAUGAUAUGCUUUGCAUCAAUGAUGUGGUUUAAAUUCAUGAUGUUCAAGAGAAUUAUAAAAAUAAAAUGCUGCUAGAAGAUUUGGAUUAGACAUAAAAUAAAUAAAAAAGCAAAGGGCUCCAUCAAAAAUAGAUAUAGUAGAUUAAGAAAAACUUUGACCGGUAAAUGGAGGAUUAUGAAGGCGAUAUUAUUUCAAAGGAUAUGCAGAAGGAUUUGAGUCAUCUGCUCAAGGAUGAUAUUCAAAGGUUUAUUAAGAAUAAUAAACUUAAGAAGUUACAAAUGGAGUGUAGCAAGGUUAAAGAAUUGCUAGGCCAAUAGAAAAAGGAAACACUUUUCUAGCAUCGCAAGCCACUAACAACCAUGAACAAGGUAGCUGAACUGGAUAAAUCUUACGACAUGAGAGAUAUUAGAAGGAGCUUAGACAUUAAAGAUGAAUUUAAAGUUGUUGACAUAGAUACAUAAGGCAGGCCAAUGACAAUUUCAAAUAAAAAGAAAAAUUAUCUCAGAAGAAGUAAAAAGGUCUUGAUGGAUAGUACUUUUCACUCAAUUUCUAGAGACAAACGAGACUAAGUAUUUUCAAAUAAAACAAAUGCUCCGCCUAUUGGCCUUUACAAGCUAAAUUUCUCAAUUAUUGAACCGAAUAAUACAUCUCUGCAGUUUGGAUUAGCAGAGAUAAAACAGAGAUUCGACUAUUCAAAGCCAGAAACUAUGCUUUGGAUAGCUGAAAAAGAGCAACUGGAAAGCAAAGACAAUAAUCAAAGUCCUCGAUGUGUAAAGUGUAUUAAAAAGCAAGUAGAAACAUUAAGUACUCUUUAGAAUAAUAAUAGUCUUGGAAGUGUAAUAAAAUGUGAGCAUAGUUUAACGAAGCUUUUCCAAAAGUAAAAGCAGUCUGAAAAGAUCAUUGAGUUGACAAGGAAUGACAGUCCUUUGAACAAAACCAAAGAUAAUUUUACUAGGAGUUCGAUAAUUAACUUAAAUGUUUCAUUGUCUCCAACAAAAGAAUCCUUCAAAAAGCUUAAUGGCCAAGGUGUGAUGAGUUUUGCUACUUAGACUUCAAGAAAACCUAUCACUGAGGGAUAACUCAAUCCUAAUGAUGAAAGAUUUACGCUUGAAGCAAGUAAAUAUCCACAAAUAUACUCUAAAGAAAAACAUUCCCCUAUAAUAUAACUUUCAAAGUAUUCAAGAAGAAAUAGCAAUUAGUUUAAGACGAACUUCACUGGAUUCCUUCAUUACUAACCAGACAUACCAGCGUUUUACCCUGUCCCCUCUGGAUCUUUUAAGAAAGAGAAAUCAAAAUCUCCUCAAUAAAAUACAUUUUACAGCAAUAAACUUGAACAUUCUCAUGAAUUUUAUAAUACGAGGACAUUAAUCAUUCAGGAUGAAUAAAAUGAAAAGAAAUAAAGAAGGAUGAUUAAAAUAAGAAAUAAUGAGUUUGUGGAAUAAGGUAAAAAGCAUUUAUUUAAAGAAAUCGAAAGCCAAAUCAUGAAAAUAAACUAAGGAAAUAACAAUAGAAAUGAUUCACAAAUUAACAAGUUGUAAUGA